AUGGAGGAAGGGCUGUUGUCGACUGCAAAGCAACCACGUCGGAGAUGGAAGGUUAUAUUGGCCGAGGAGGUGAAGAAAACGUCUUACAUCGCCUUGCCAAUGGUGGUGGUGACGCUGUCGCAAAACCUUCUGCGGGUGGCCUCCAUGUCAAUGGUUGGUCAUCUUGGUGAACUUGAACUCGCCGGCACCGCCGUUGCUACUUCCCUCACAAACGUCACUGGCUUCAGCCUCCUUUUUGGAAUGUCAAGUGCCCUUGAAACUUUAUGCGGACAAGCGUACGGAGCUAAGCAGUAUGAGAGGGUUGGUACCUACACAUAUGGCGCCAUAAUUUCACUCAUUUUCAUCUGUUUCCCCAUUUCCAUUUUGUGGAUUUACAUCGACAAACUCCUAAUCCUUUUGGGCCAAGACCCUUCAAUUUCAAUCGAAGCACGUAAGUUCUCAGUGUGGCUAAUCCCUUCGCUUUUCCCCUAUGCCAUACUCCAAUCGAUCACUCGCUACCUUCAGUCACAAAGUCUCAUCUUUCCGAUGCUAUGGAGCUCAGUUGUUGUACUUGUUCUUCACGUACCCGUAUGUUGGGUUCUAGUGUUUCAGCUCGGACUUGGGACAGCUGGAGCCGCGUUAGCCAUUGGAACUUCAUAUACUUUGAAUGCGAUUCUUCUCGGGCUUUACUUGUGUUAUUCGAAAUCAUGCGAAAAGACUCGUGUAACGUGCUCAGGAGAUGUUUUUUCAAGUAUCAAGGAGUUCUUUCGCUUUGCCAUUCCAUCUGCUGUCAUGAUUUGUCUUGAAUGGUGGUCAUAUGAGAUUGUGAUUUUGCUAUCUGGGUUGUUGCCAAAUCCUCAAUUAGAGACUUCAGUGCUUUCAAUUUGCCUAACCAUUAGCACCAUACACUACUUCAUACCUUACUCAUUCGGAGCUGCUGUAAGCACACGAGUAUCCAACGAGCUAGGAGCUGGGAACCCAGAGGCUGCAAAAACCGCUCUCAUGGCUGCAUCAGGUCUUGGAGCAGUGGAAGCAAUCAUCGCCAUAACCACUCUCCUAUGCUCACGUUCUAUUCUGGGUUAUGCAUUUGGUACAGAGAGAGAACUAGUCGACUAUGUGCAAGAUAUCACCUUUCUUCUUUGUUUCACCAUAUUUACAGACACAGUACAAGCAAUUCUUUCAGGAGUUGCUAGAGGGAGUGGUUGGCAACAUAUUGGGGCUUACAUUAAUCUUGGAUCGUAUUAUCUUGCUGGAAUCCCAAUGGCUCUAGUUCUUGGUUUUGUGUUUAAUCUAAAAGGGGAAGGAUUGUGGAGUGGAUUAAUUGUUGGAUCAAUGGUGCAAUGUGUUCUACUUACUCUUGUGACAUCUUUUACGAGUUGGGAAAAGCAGGUGACAAAGGCGACGGAACGGAUUUUGGAUGAGGCGAGUAAUGAUGAGGAAUGAUACUUCAAGAAAAUGGGUACUCAAGAUACACUUGACUUAUCAAAUUCUAUUUUUGUUUAUGAUGUUUAAAAAUAUUCUUGAAGAAAUGAAAAUGGAAACAUAAAAUGAGG